AUGCUCUUCACUAAGAUCGCCGUUCUCGCCGCUGCCGGCCUCGUCGCCGCCAACAACGCUGCCCCUGCCAUCACCCAGGCCCCCGAGGUCCGCCGCGACAUUGGCGACGACAUCGAGACCUGGGCCAAGGACAAGGCCAACGACGCCCAGACCUGGGCCGAGGGUCACGCCUCCGAAGCCGAGUCCUGGGCUAAGGACAAGGCUUCCGACGUCAAGAGCUGGGGUCAGGAGCACGCUUCCGAGGCCGAGUCUUGGGCCAAGGAUAAGGCUUCCCACAUCAGCACCGCCAUCGACGCCGCUGAGACCUGGGUCUCCACCAAGGCUGGCAGCGUUGCUUCCCGUGUCAGUAGCGCUGUGAACGAGGCUGCCACCAGCACUGACAACGACGACGACGACAACGCUGCCGUGAGCCUGCGUGGCCAGGCUGGUGCCGUCGCCGCCCUGGUUGCCCUCGGCGCCACUGCUUUCGGCUUCAUCAUGGCCUAA